AUGGCACAGACUCACAGCAUCCUCGUUCUCCCCGGCGACGGCAUUGGCCCUGAGGUCAUGACCGAAGCCAUCAAAGUCCUUAAAGCAUUCGAAGGCCCAGAACACAAUUUCCAACUACGCCAGGAACUGAUUGGGGGUUGCAGCAUUGAUGCGACGGGCAAAUCGGUCACCGAGGAAGUCAAGCAGGCCGCUCUUGAGUCGGACGCCGUUCUUUUCGCUGCGGUUGGUGGUCCGAAAUGGGACAAUGCUCGCCGUGGACUAGAUGGACCGGAGGGAGGGCUGUUGCAAUUACGCAAGGCAAUGGAUAUCUAUGCAAAUCUGCGACCGUGCUCAUCUAGCUCACCCAGCGCAUCGAUUGCGAAGGAAUUCAGCCCUUUUCGGCAUGAGGUUCUUUUCGGCUCCGAGCAAGACCCCUCUGGCGAAGGCGUGGAUUUUGUAGUGGUCAGGGAAAAUUGUGGAGGGGCUUACUUUGGAAGAAAGGUGGAGGAUCCGACUUACGCAAUGGAUGAAUGGGGCUAUUCCGAAGCUGAGGUCGAGCGGGUCACUCGCCUUGCCGCAGAGGUUGCACUGCGACAUGAUCCCCCGUGGCCGGUAAUCUCUCUGGACAAGGCAAAUGUGUUGGCCUCGUCUCGUCUUUGGCGCCGUGUUGUUGAGAAGACUAUGACAACUGAGUAUCCACAGCUGAAGCUAAUUCACCAGCUAGCUGAUUCAGCCUCAUUGAUCAUGGCAACCAACCCAAGAUCUUUAAAUGGUGUGAUCCUUGCCGAUAAUACCUUUGGUGACAUGAUUUCCGACCAGGCGGGGUCUAUUGUUGGGACCUUGGGAGUCCUACCAAGUGCCAGUCUGAACGGGCUUCCGGGUGACAAGACAUUGAAGACCCGACCAUACGGUUUGUAUGAGCCUACGCAUGGCUCGGCCCCAACCAUUGCCGGAAAAAACAUCGCUAACCCAGUUGCGAUGAUCUUGUGUGUUGCCUUGAUGUUCCGCUACUCGCUCAACAUGGAAACCGAGGCGAGGCGUGUGGAGGAUGCAGUGCGAAAAGUGUUGGACAAGGGCUUGCGCACACCCGACCUGGGAGGCAAGAUGGGCACAAAGGAACUGGGAGAUGCAAUUGUGGCUGAGUUAUAG